AUGAGGUCCAUUGAGUGCUGGAAUGCGCUGGCCCUCGUGUUUCUGACGGGGGCCGUAGCGUUUAGGAUCACCGAGUACCCUCGGACCCACCAGGAGAUCACCCAGACCCCCCGGACCCACCAGGAGAUCACCCAGACCGCGGUUCUUGACGCCGUCGUCCGGACCUGCCGCAACUUGGCGGAGGUUGAGGGCCGGGCCUUCAGCCUGCCGCCGUCGCCUCUAACGGUGGCGCGCGUGAUCGGAGCGUGUGACGCGGCCGCAUCAACAAAGAGUUUCCUCAAAGCCAUCAGAGAGAUCCAGACAACGAAUAAGCGCGUGGACAUAAGACACAAGUUCGAUGCCGAGUUCCACUUUGACGGCGAGAAGUUCGAGGCCGGGAGGGGGCUCAUCACGGACGGCCUGGAUGCUAUCAAGGCCAGCAACAGGCGGGGGAACUUCGUCUCAGCCCGGGAGAAACUUGGAGAAAUCACCCACUCCCUGCAGGAUUUCUACAGCCACAGUAACUGGGUAGAGCUGGGAAAUGUGAAACCCAACCAAAACCUCAUGACAGCUGCCACCCAGAUUGGAAACAUAGAUUUGAACAGGCACACCUGUCAAAAAUGUGUUGGAAAGGAUUGCACCAACAAUAUCCGAGAAGACAUUAUUCAAGACCAAAUACUGACUUCGGGAUAUUUUGGCCUCCUUUCUUCAUCCAAACCAGCUGGGAAGUGCAGCCAUGGAGGUGUUUUCGACCAAACGAGAAACACAGAGCCGACGGGUGGGAUCAAUAAAGACGGGCCGACGGCCGAACACGGACACGCGCACCACACGGCUGCACGGCUUGCUACCGCCGCGACCAUCGAGCUGCUAGACGACAUCCGUGGGGCGGCUGGGAACACGGACUUCCUCCGCAUGCUGGGCAUUUCCAAGGGGUCCAGCAGAGCUCUGUGUUUUGUGAUCGACUCCACAGGAAGUAUGGGCGACGACAUCGCUGCUGUGAAGAGCGUCACCGCAGCGCUCGUCGACGGCAGAGUGGGAACGCCUGACGAACCAUCGCUCUACCUCCUCGUUCUCUUCAGUGAUCCAGACUUCGGUCCCCUGAUGACGACCACAGACCCCAACGUCUUCAAGGCCUGGCUGAGCAACCUGACGGCGGCCGGCGGAGGAGACUACCCUGAGCUGGCCCUGUCCGGGCUGCAGCUGGCCUUGACGGGUGCGCCCUCUGGUUCAGAGGUUUUCCUUUUCACUGAUGGAAUUGCAAAAGACCUUCACCUCACAGACACAGUGCUGGCACUGAUGGAGCGGACCAAGACAGUGGUGAACUUUAUGCUCACCGGGCCGUUCCAGUUCUCGUUCCGUCGCCGUCAGGAAGUGAGCGGGCAGAGCCAGGCCGGUCCGACUGGUCAAAUGUCUUCUGCUGAAGCCCAACUCUUCACGGAUCUGGCCCACGCUUCAGGAGGUCAGGCCAUCCAUGUGAAGAAGAGCCAUCUCUCCGAGGCCAUGGCCCUCGUCACAGAGACCUCCGCAGCCUCUCUGGUGACCCUUCUUCAGGCCGUCAGGAGCCCAGGGAGAGAUGAGACUUUCUCCUUCUCUGUGGACGAGUCUGUGGGAGACCUCACUGCUUACAUCACUGGGAGAGUCCUUAAAUUUACUCUCACCAGCCCUUCAGUAUCUGUUUCAACAGGUGUGUCACAAACUAUGGACUGCCCUUAUAGCUCUUUAGCCACAGAGACGGUUGUGGGUAAUUUCAGAACUUUGCGGAUGAUUCCAUCAGUCGGAGUUUGGGAGAUAAUGCUUCUUUCAGCUGACUCUUACUCUCUGAAGAUUGUAGGUCGGAGUGGAAUCGACGUCCUCUUUGACUUUGUGCAGUUCUUCCAGGGAGCUUCUGAAGGCUUUGAUGUUGUAGAAAACCGUCCCGCAGCUGGAGGGAGCCUGACACUGCUGCUGACGCUGACCUCUGACCCCGGCUGGCUGACCCCUGACCCCGGCUCGCUGACCCCUGACCCCGGCUGGCUGAGCUCCGUCAGGCUGGUGGAGGCCGCCGGCUGGGGGGGGGUGAACGGGACCCUGGAGGCUCUGGGGGGAGGAGACUUCCUGGCCCGCUUUGACUCCGCCCCCUCAGGGGGCUUUGUGGUGCUGGUGACGGGGCGGGCUGGGGGAACGGGGGGGCCGACCACCGCCUUCCAACGCCAGCUGGGGGGCCGCUUCAGAGCCUCGGGCGUUGCUAUAACGACCUCGGUGGGCGGCGGCCUGGAGCCCGGGGGGACCCUCUCCGUCCCCUUCAGGGUGGAGUCCAGCGGGGCAGGGGGUCACUUCACCAUCCAGGCCUCCAACGACCGGGGCUUCGCCUCCGCCUUCCCCAGCCUGCUGCCCCGGGACAGGACGGGCUCUGCCCGCGGCACCGGGACCCUCAGGGCGCCCCCCGGAACCCCCAGCGGGACGGCGGUCACCCUGACCCUCCGGGCCCGCGCCCCGGGGGGCAACGACACCAACCACCUGGUUCUGAGGUUUCCUGUCGUUACCAAGGUGACGGACCACAGCCGUCCGGUGUGUCAGGUGACCAGCCUCAGGGCGGACUGCCCCUCCCAGUGCUCCCAGUGCUACCAGUGCUCCCAGUGCUCCCAGUGCUCCCAGUCCACCUGGGAGAUGACGGCCAACCUGACGGACGGCGACAGCCUGGGCCGGCCGCUGCUGUCCCUCCAGCGGGGAAACGGCACGCUGACCUCCAGCCGGGGCCCCGGGGGGCCCGGGGGGGCCGUCACCCUGGUCUCCUACACCGCCUCCUGCUGCUCUCCCCACCUGGAGCUGGUGGCCACCGACGAGGCGGGCAACGUGGGGACCUGCUUCAGCAGCCGCAGGACCGCCGGGACCCCCACCCAGGGGACCCCCACCGCCGGGGGCCCCACCCCGGAGACCCCCACCCCGGAGACCCCCGCCCUGCUAACCCCCACCGCCUGGACCUCCAGCGAUACGACCACCGCUGGCGCGACGGCGACCUCUGGAGCAGCGGCGGCGGCCAGAAGGCCCCGCCCUUAUUACCUCUGGCAGGCGGCCAUGAUGGUUUGGAUGGCGCUGGCUCAGCGUUGA